AUGACAAGCGCAUUCGUCACCUUCCAGAAGCUGUUCAAUGCACAGCUCUCUGACAGCUCCGCACUUGGUCCGCAACUUGACGCGCUCACAGAACAGUCCAACCAGGUCAACGCGGCAGGAAUAGAGGUCAAACCUCAGCUUCUUGCUCUGCUCAUGAUCAAUGCUCUCUCCAAGUCGUACCAGACCAUCGCUGGUACAAUUCUCACCACGCAGACUGAUGUUACGCUGCUCACAGCGGCGCUCAUCAAGCCCAAGAUCGUCGAGGAGGAACAGCGCCGUGUUGCGAACUGCACACAGAUUGCGCACAUCUUAAAGGCGCCUCUCCUUGACAAGAAAUGUGAGAAGUGUGGUCACAAGAAUCACACGACGGAGCAGCACUGGGACACAAAGCUGGCAAAUUCUGGCUCGAGUUCCGGUAACGGCAACAACACGUAG